UCAAUGCGGCUGGCCCCGGCCAAUGGCAGAGGCGAUGCUCCAGCGGUUGCCAUGGAGACUUCUGGGCCGCAGAGCCGCGGAAGGAGGCGGUGACGUCACUGCGGGAGCAAGUGCAGAGACCACAUCCUUGUCUUCGCCGGGGCCACAGGGCACUGAGGGCAGCCCUCUGGGCCAGCCGCGAGAGACCAGCCACCCUGCGUCCUGGGCCCCCAUCCACGACACCCCGGUGGCCGCAGCCCCAGGGAGACGCGCCGUCCCAGAUCUGCUGAGACUGCGAGGACGGGUGAGACCUUUGGAGACCAUCGCCAAGAAAGGGGAGGUGCAUCUUCAGACCCUCCUCAGUGUGGCCUUGCCCAGCCUCGGGACCCACGAGCCAGCUGGCAGACGCCACCUCUGUUUCACUGUGCGUAAGUCCCUGGGCAUUCCCAAGAGCCCUCUCCGGGGAAGGUUACAGAGGGCUGGACACUGCAGCCCUGCGGGCAGGGCCAGGGACAUCCUCCACUAGAGGGACAAAUCGGGCCCGUGAGGCCGCUCUCCUACUUAGCCUUUGGGAAGGGAUCGUGGCAUCCUGGAUAAUUUUGUGGAUUCUCGAGGCAGCUCAGGUGCGCACCAGCGAGCAUACUCCUGCCUCCGAGAGCUGGGCAAGAUGCUCUUCGGGGUCAAGGACAUUGCUCUGUUGGAGCACGGGUGCAAGGCGCUCGAGGUGGACAGUUACAAGUCCCUGAUGAUCCUGGGUAUACCGGAAGACUGCAACCAUGAGGAGUUCGAAGAGAUCAUACGGGUCCCCCUGAAGCCCCUGGGCAAGUUCGAAGUGGCCGGGAAGGCGUUUCUGGAAGAAGAGAGAUCCAAGGCAGCCAUCAUUAGGCUGGAGGAGGACAUCAAUUAUGCCGUGAUCCCCAGGGAGAUCAAGGGCAAGGGCGGCAUGUGGAGAGUGGUCUACAUGCCCCGGAAGCAGGACAUAGAAUUCCUGACCAAGCUGAACCUCUUCCUGCAGAGUGAGGGCAGGACGGUGGAGGAUGUGGCCCGGGUCCUGAGGCAGGAACUGUGCCCAACAGUGACGGGCCCCAGAGAGCUGCCUGCCAGAAAGUGCCGGGCGCCCGGGCCCGGGGAGAAGGCGGGGGCCGGGGCCCCCGCGGGCGCCGACGGGGCGCCACCCCUGGCCUCGCUGGAGAAGCAGAGCAAGGCUGGAGAUGACAAGAGAGGCAAGCGAAAGCACAAGAAAAGCCGUCGACGGCACCAUGCAUCUGACAAGAAGCUGUGA